UCUCUCCUGCAACCCUCAGACUCGGAGCUGUGAGGCACCAGAGACACCCUGCCCAGGUGAGAAGUCAUCCAGCCCAGGACAGAGUUCUGACCCAGACCUUGGACCGGGAAGCAGCAGAAGUGGUGGUGGGACUGGGUCAGCGUCUCUAGGUUCCAUCCCUGUGCCAGAGGAGACCUCCCCCUCGGUAGUGAUACAGCCACAGUUCGUCUUCCAGCCCACGUGCGCAUCACCUCUUCCCAUCCCACCGGAAACAGACGCUCAGCCUGUUUGCCCCAGUUCCACCGAGGAGAAUGUAGCGGGUGACUACAGCCAAUCAGAGGUGGCGGAUUGUGAGAGUUGCGAAUCAUCUUCACCCGGUGACUGUGGGAGGAAUCCGUUAGCAGAAGCAGACCCCAGUGGGAAGGACCAAUUAGCAAGCCAAGCAGAUAGUGGGAGGAACCAGACCUUUGAUCCAGACUAUUGUUGGAGGAGCAACACUCCAGAGCCAUCCAGCUGUGCAUCUUCUGAGGAAGCAGAGGACCAGCUAUCGUCGCAGUGUUCUUCAGCGCCAAACCCAAACCAAAGCAGCGAGGAGGCCCCUGGAUCCCCCAGCCCCCCUGAGAUCCCCUUCAUCUUUCCCCACACCCGCUCGCGGCCCCCUCUCCUCCCUGCGAUGCCCACCCUCCCUGAGGAGGAGGAGGACUCCCCUGAGGAGCAGGACAGCUCCUCCAGCUCUCCCAGCACGUACACACCAGAGAGCAGAGGGCUGGUCAUGACCGCCCCCACUAUCAUCUUCCCAAAACAGGCCACUGUAGUCCAACAAGAGGGCCGGCCUCUGGAACAGGCAAGACCACACAGUCCCAGAUCCCGUCUCUCCAGAAACUGUCCCUCCCCCAUCACCACAGUAGACAGCUCAGGACAGGUGCUAGACCUGGUGAAGGACCAGCUCCCAGAGCUGCAGCUGUCUGAGGAGGAGCGUCAGAAGAACCUGGAGCUGCUGGAAGAGGCCAGGAAGGUCAGCGACCGCUUCCUGACGCGUCGCGGACGCAGGUCCACCUGCAGCCUCACCGAAUCCCCCACUGGUCUCUCUCCCAACCCGACGCCGUCCUCCUCGCCAGUGGCAUCUAGAAGCAGUUCCAUCAGCACCGCCCCGCAAAUCAGUGUGGGACCCGCAGAAGUGAACUACGCCAGCCAGACUGUCAGUCCGCGUUUGGAGAUUCCUCUAGUGAGGGAGCAGGUGGAUCCAGGAUCACCAGAGCAGGAGGGCACCAGGCGAUUGGUGGACUGGAAGCCCAAUGAGAAGCGGAAGGUGUCUUCCGGCACCCUGACCCCCCGCCACGCCGGCCCCUCCCCCACCAGGGAGCCCAGUGGGGGCCAGAAGGAGAACUGUGACCCCAGGGUUUCCAAGAAGAGCCCCGUUCCUGUGCUGGUUAACAAGCCGGAGGAGGGUCCGGUCCGAAACCCCAGCCAGACCCCGGCCACGGGCGUGGCCAAGCCCGUCCCCCGGCCCCCGACCCAGCAGGCCCCCUGCACGGCCGAGAUCAAGACCAUCGGAGCCUUUCCCCCUCUCAUGAGAGCCGUGUCCUGGGACACGGUGGGGACCCUCAACGCCCGCAACGGGGCGCCCAACUUCUCCCCCAAGACGGAGGAGACCUUCUCGUUCACAGACAAACCUCGGGAGGGCCCGCACAAGUCAUCGGGGUACAAGGACUUCCCCGCCCAGCCCGUCAACGUGCAGAAACUGUCCAAACUGAGAGAGGAACAUAAGCUGAUACGAAAUCAAAGUGUGGGCUCCAAGCUGCCAGACCUGAGUGAAACAGCUGAACAGGAAAGAGGCCUGUCCCCCCUCCCCCCUCCAGCCUCCCCCUCUGAUGAGGAGACCAAGGAGAAGUCGGACUCCAUGCCCAACAUCUCAGAUGUGAUGUUGAGGAAACUCAAACUUCACAGAGGUCUACCAGGCUGUGCACCUCCCCUCACAGAAAAAGAAGUUGAGAACGCGUUUGUUCAGCUGUCGCUGGCAUUCCGGAACGACAACUACACCCUGGAGACGCGUCUGAAGCAGGCGGAGCGGGAGCGGAACCUGACGGAGGAAAACACGGAGAAGGAACUGGAAGAGUUCAAAGGCUCACUCAAGACCACCGCCCCCCAGUGGCAGACUUCUGACCAGCGGGAUUCGUACCAGUGCCUCAUAGAGACCUUAGCUGUCCUGCACCGCCUGGCCACCCGACUGUCCAGCAGGGCGGAGAUAGUGGGGGCCGUGCGACAGGAGAAGCGGAUGAACAAGGCCACGGAGGUGAUGAUGCAGUACGUGGAGAACCUGAAGAGGACCUAUGAGAAGGAUCGCGCCGAGCUGACAGAGUUCAAGAAGCUGGCCAAUCAGAACUCCAGCCGUUGCUAUGGAGGGUCCAUAGACACUGGGGAUGAUGGAGUUCCACGCCCAUCCAGAUCCAUGUCUCUGACCCUGGGGAAGGCUUUGCCCAGGAGGAGGGUCAGUGUAGCCGUGGUCCCUAAAUUUAACCUCCUAAACAUCCCUGGUCAGACUCCCGUCAUUGCCGGCCCAGUCCCUACCCCUGCUACUGGACCCAACCUUGGUCCUGGUCCUGGUUUUGGUUCUGGUCCUGGUUUUGGUUCUGGUCCUGGUUUUGGUUCUGCUCCUGGACCUUGCUUCGGAGCCAACCCUGGCUCUGGACUUCCUGUUCUCUGUGAGGCUAACGCCGUGAAAAGCAACACUCUCACAGAGUCUGGACAGCCAGCCCGGGCUGAGAGUGGAAGGAUGGGUCCGGAGCAGGAAGGAGAGCCCUCCGCAGCAGCCAAGCUCCCUGUCAACCUCGACGACAUCAGGGCUGAGAUCAGGGCUGAGAUCAGGGCAAACAUGGAGGAGGAGUUCUAUAAAAAAGGUUACCAAGAGGGUCUGAAGCUAACUAAAGAGCUCAAGGAAGUGAAGGAGGAGGAAGAGGAAGGGGAAGAAAAAGAGGAGGAGCCAGAAAAACCGAAAGAGGAAGACGGAAAGGAGCGAAAGAGUAAAAGUAAAGUGGAGGAGGUCCUGGUCGUGGUUGAUCGUCUUUGUCCAAAGAUAUUCCGGUGUAACCGUCUGCUAUGGAUUACCCUGUCACUGUUUCUGGUCCUGUUCCUGGUCGUCAACAUUUUCACGUACUUCAGUGACCGCUACAACAGCCACGGGGACAUGUCAGCUGACAAAGCCAUGGCUCAAGGCAAGAAGAUCUUUGGACUGAAUGUUGGAGUACAGCCAAAGAACCCUCCUACAGAAUAACACCCCCCACCCCUCCCCCAUCUAUCCUCUUCUUCCAAAGACUCUUUCUCAUCAUGCUUGAAUACAGCAUUGUGACUAUCUAGGGUUCAAGGAUGUAGCUUUUUGGGAGUGUUUAUUUGGUUUAGCUUUUUUUCUUAUCAUCCACUUCAAGUUCUAUUUAUGUUGUUUUAGGAAGUCUGCCAGGUUGUUUGUGAUGGUGAGAAGCAUAGACAAUUACUGUUUAGGGACCAAGUAUCGAGUGUGGUGAAAUACAUGUUCUUCUAUAGUCACAUCGGAUACAUGUCCAGUAUGCUUUGUUCUCCUGCGUUGAAUGUCAUCCUGAAAGAAUGAAUGUGGCCUCUGGCGACUAUGAAUACUUUCGGUACCUCCAGAUAAACGGUGGUCACGAGACAAGUGUACAUUAAUGUACCCCACCCUUGAUACUGUGUUCUCUCAGGUCUACCAAGGCGACGACUCUGAGAAAGAGAGGUUUACGGAAAUAUUUAAGUGAUUGAAAUUGAGUUACAGUAUGGUUUUUACCUUUGACGAACAUUAUCUAUGUUGUGUAUUUAAACAGAUACUUUUUGUUUUGGUAAACUAUUAUGUAAGCACAUUCCAAAGUAGCACCAAAGUGCAAUAUGUUUUGCAGCUGACGGUUCUUGUUUGUGUCAUUGUGGUCUGUGUCCUCAGAGCACUGAACGACAACUCAUGUACGCCCGCACUUUUAGACAGCAUGAGACUAUUCUGUUUUUAAAAUCUUCCAAGUGUGCCAGCGUUGUAUUGUUUCUAUGUUGUGUGUGUCCCCCCCCCACCUUGAAAUAAAGGUGCCUUAAAACUC